AUGGCAAACACAAGUGAGUUUGGGGAAGGCAACCCUUCGCUACAGAAUUACGCCGUUACCGCCUCUGCGGUGAAACUGGCUUCACUCGGUCUCAUCACUUGCACCAGUUUGAUAGGGAACGCGGCGCUGUCCCUGUUGGUGCUGAAAGACAGCUCCCUUCACAGGGCUCCCUACUACUUCCUCCUCGAUCUCUGCUUAGCGGACGUCGUUCGAGCCGCCGUGUGCUUUCCCUUUGUGAUGAUGUCGAUCAACGCCGGCUCCUCGUGGACGCACGGCGCGUUAAACUGCAAGAUAGUCGCCUUCGUGUCCGUCCUCUUCUGCUUCCACGUCGCCUUUCUGCUCUUCUGCGUCAGCGUCACGCGCUACAUGGCGAUUGCGCACCACAGGUUUUACUCCAAACGGAUGACUUUGUGCACGUGCGUGGCCAUUAUUUGCAUGGUUUGGACCCUGUCUAUCGCGAUGGCUUUCCCGCCGCUUUUCGAUGUCGGCACCUACAGAUUCAUCCGCGAGGAGGAGCAGUGCGUGUUCGAGCACCGGUACGUGAAGGCGAACGACACCCUCGGCUUCAUGUUGAUGCUGGCUGUCAUCGUGGGCACAACACACGUCGUUUACGUCAAGAUGCUUUGCUUCGUCUACGACCACCGCAAGAUGAAACCGGCUCAACUGGUCCCGGCCAUAAGCCAGAACUGGACUUUCCACGGCCCAGGUGCGACUGGGCAAGCGGCUGCCAACUGGAUAGCAGGGUUUGGACACGGUCCCACUCCGCCAACGCUGGUGGGUAUUCGGCAAGCCUCGCAUAAUGGGAACAGGAGGCUGCUGGUCCUGGACGAAUUCAAGAUGGAGAAGCGGAUUGGGAAAAUGUAUUACAUGAUAACCCUCUCGUUCCUUGUCCUCUGGGCACCUUAUAUAAUGGCGUGUUACCUGCGAAUAUUUGUCAGGGGGGGCAGCAUCCCGCAGGUUUACCUGACUGCUGCGGUGUGGAUGACGUUCGCCCAGGCGGGCGCAAACCCCAUUAUUAGUUUCAUGUUCAACAGGGAGCUCCGGGUGCGCCUCAGAGCCUGUUUACCGUGUUGCCUUGGCACCCAGACGCCCAUGGAGCCGUACUGUGUCAUCUGA